AGCGAGUCGGCGCCCGACUGCUGGGACCAGGCGGACAUGGAGGCCCCCGGGCCGGGCCCGUGCGGUGGCAGCGGCGGCCCUUUGGCGGCGGCGGGGACCGAGGCCCAGCGUGAACACCUCAGUGCGGCCUUCAGCCGGCAGCUCAACGUCAACGCCAAACCCUUCGUGCCCAACGUCCAUGCCGCCGAGUUCGUGCCGUCCUUCCUACGGGGUCCGGCGCAGCUGCCGCCUCCUCCAGCUGGCGUCGUCGCCAACAAUCACGGAGCCGGCAGCGGCGCGGGAGGCCCUCCGGCACCUGUGGAGUCCUCUCAAGAGGAACAGUCAUUGUGUGAAGGUUCAAAUUCAGCUGUUAGCAUGGAACUUUCAGAACCUGUUGUAGAAAAUGGAGAGACAGAAAUGUCUCCAGAAGAAUCAUGGGAGCACAAAGAAGAAAUAAGUGAAGUGGAGACAGGGGGUGGUCCCUCGGGAGAUGGAAGGCCACCUGAGGAAAGUGCCCAAGAAAUGAUGGAGGAGGAAGAGGAAAUACCAAAACCUAAAUCUGUGGUUGCACCGCCAGGUGCUCCCAAAAAGGAACAUGUAAAUGUGGUAUUCAUUGGGCACGUAGAUGCUGGCAAGUCAACCAUUGGAGGACAAAUAAUGUAUCUGACUGGAAUGGUUGACAAAAGGACACUUGAAAAGUAUGAAAGAGAAGCUAAAGAAAAAAACAGAGAAACUUGGUACUUGUCGUGGGCCUUAGACACAAAUCAGGAAGAACGAGACAAGGGUAAAACAGUGGAAGUGGGUCGUGCCUAUUUUGAGACUGAGAAGAAGCACUUCACAAUUUUAGAUGCCCCUGGCCACAAGAGUUUUGUCCCAAAUAUGAUUGGUGGUGCCUCUCAAGCUGAUUUGGCUGUGCUGGUAAUCUCAGCCAGGAAAGGAGAGUUUGAAACUGGAUUUGAAAAAGGAGGACAGACAAGAGAACAUGCAAUGUUGGCAAAGACAGCAGGUGUAAAACACUUAAUUGUGCUUAUUAAUAAGAUGGACGAUCCCACAGUAAAUUGGAGCAAUGAGAGAUAUGAAGAAUGUAAAGAGAAACUAGUGCCAUUUUUGAAAAAAGUUGGCUUCAAUCCCAAAAAGGACAUUCAUUUUAUGCCCUGCUCAGGACUGACUGGAGCAAAUCUUAAAGAGCAAUCAGAUUUCUGUCCUUGGUACAUUGGAUUACCAUUUAUUCCAUAUCUGGAUAAUUUGCCAAACUUCAAUAGAUCAAUUGAUGGACCAAUCAGGCUGCCAAUUGUGGAUAAAUACAAGGACAUGGGCACAGUGGUUCUGGGAAAGCUGGAAUCAGGAUCUAUUUGCAAAGGCCAGCAGCUUGUGAUGAUGCCAAACAAGCACAAUGUUGAAGUUCUGGGAAUACUUUCCGAUGACGUAGAGACUGAUACGGUAGCCCCAGGUGAAAACCUCAAAAUCAGACUGAAAGGAAUUGAAGAAGAGGAAAUUCUUCCAGGAUUCAUACUUUGUGAUCCUAAUAACCUUUGUCAUUCUGGACGCACAUUUGAUGCCCAGAUAGUGAUUAUAGAGCACAAAUCCAUCAUCUGCCCAGGGUAUAAUGCGGUGCUGCACAUUCACACCUGUAUUGAGGAAGUGGAAAUAACAGCCUUAAUCUGCUUGGUAGACAAAAAAUCAGGAGAAAAAAGUAAGACUCGACCCCGUUUUGUGAAGCAAGAUCAAGUAUGCAUUGCUCGUUUACGGACAGCAGGAACCAUCUGCCUCGAGACCUUUAAAGACUUCCCUCAGAUGGGUCGUUUUACCUUAAGAGAUGAGGGUAAGACCAUUGCAAUUGGAAAAGUUCUGAAACUGGUUCCAGAGAAAGACUAAGCAUUUUCUUGAUGACCCUGCACAAUACUGUGAGGAAAUUUGACUGCAAAAGCCUACUUCACACCGCCUUCUCUGAUUUUCUGCCCAAUGAUAAACUCCCCAUAUUUUGCAAAGAGAAAAUUCACAGCAAAAGUCCACAUUAUGUCAGCUUUCUCAUAUUGAGAGCUCUGCUAUGCCACUGUUGAAUUUUUCCUGAGAUUUCCCCCCUCCUCUUCAAACUCUGCUUCCUUGGACAGAUUUGGCAAUAGCUUUAUAAGUGAUGUGGACAUCAUUGUGUACAAUAAUGAAAACCUACAGGAAUUUUUUUAUUUUUCAUUUUCCCUUUAGGCAUAUUUAGUGAUAUUUUCCCCAGGCAGAUCAUUCUGAGUGUGCGAGUGUGUGUGCACAUGUUACAAAGACAACUACCAUAUUAAUAAAAUAUUCAAUUUGAAA